AUGUCCUGCCGCACGUUCCAGCACCAAUUCUCCUCGCCCCUGGGCGCAACCUUCUCGCUGCUCGCAACGGUCCCCGCAGAGUCGCAUGCGGAUCGCGCUACCCCAAUCUCGCUCGUGAUAUCAGCCGGGCCCCCAUCCCAGCCGCAGCCGCUCACGGCCUACGUGUACGCGAUCGCCGCACGUGACGGCCGUGUGCUGUCGACCGUGCUCCUCGACACUCCAGACGACGCAAUCCGCGAAACUGCCACUCGUCUGUGCAAGUUGUGCACCUCCAAGCUGCACCGUCCGUGCUACUUGUCGUUCGCCAGCGCCGGCGGCGCCGCCGCCGGCGCGUCACUCGACACGGAGGCGCUGCUCAUAUGCAAGCAAACUUUGGGGUUCGUCGCUGACCUCGGCGCGUAA